CAGUUUGAUACACAGUAGCUGUCAACUUAUCUGAGGUCUGCUUUGAUACUUUUGAGGCGUGAAUCACAUGAUCUUUAACGAUGACAGAGAUCUGGUUCAGUGCUUUGCUGCUUAGUGUCACAAGUCUUGUCUCAUUACAAGUUGAUGAAUGCAUAGAAGGAGUGAUUGGGGAGGAUGUCAUCCUUCCCUGUGUCUAUAAUGGGGUGAAAAAUGUUACCUCACUGCACAUCUCAUCUGAAUGGAGAAGAGGCAUGGAAGUAAUACACACCUCAGUCUGGACGGAUGGUCAGGUGGAAAUGCAAAAUGUGUCACACAGCAUCCGGACCACAGUGUCAUCUUUGGCUCCAAAGACUGGAGACUUCUCCAUGGAGUUUCAUGAUAUACAUUUAUCAGAUGCACAUAAUUACAGUUUUCAUCUAAAACUUGAUGGUCAAGACAGCAGUCCUCCAAUCUGUACCAUCUGCCUCAAUGUAGUUGGUGUUAGUUCAAGUGCAGAGGUGGGACGGCUGUCAGAGGCCAUGUGGAUGUUCAGCAUGGCUCUCUGUGUGGUUGUAUUCUUGCUGGUAGCUUUGUCUCUGGGUUUCCAGAAUAAAUGGGAUCGAGAACGAAGAGAGCAACACAGAUGUGGAGAUGAUUCAUCUAGUUACGGAACUGAGAUGAUUUUGAUGGAUAUGGACCAAUGGACUUCCCUUCCAGAAACAGAUGUGUAACAUUUUCUGGAAAUGCACUCUUAGUUGAUGCUACUUACUGUCAUUCUUCUUUUUAACACUGCGAUCUACUGGAAUUGAUUCACUGUUGCAUUUUAGAGUCAGAGUGAACUAACAAUCUGUCGAAGAUUAGAAAAACGUAAUAAGUGAUUGCUACAAACUUUAUUCAGUGCCUUUAGUUUAACCCAUUUAAUAAAAACAAAUUCCCAGCUGAGUGAAGACAUGAAGAUACUCCUUGCAUUCCCAAUUAAACAAACUACAUAAAAUACAUCAACAACUGUUUCUGGGCACUUUAAAUUUCAAACUAAAUUUCAGUCACCAAUGUAACCGAUGGGAUUACAUGGGUUAAGUAAUUUUUUCUAUUUGAAUCAUAUUUUUGCCCUAACUAUUUCAUUUUACAUGGUUCUGCGGUGUGUAACUAAUAUAUUUUUUAAAGGAGAAAUAUUCUACAGUCUUUCAAUUAAUAUUAAUAUUACUAAUACAUCAAUUAACA